AUGCGUGGAGACAUUUACUUCUUUGUGUGGGCCAGAAAUGGAUUGGGACCAGUGCUAACAAGGAAACCUGGAAUUGGCGUUCAGCCCAGGACCUUGGUAACCAUGCUGGGGCUGUUACCUUUGUUGACCCUAACACAGGACACUGGACAUCCCCAAGCAAAACUCUUCCAUGCUUGUCCAAACCAUCUCGAGCCUGGCCUGUGGGUGGAUGCACAGAGCACCUGCGAAAGGAAUUGCAGAGCAGAUGAGGAUUGUCAGAGCUUUGAGAAGUGCUGCACGAAUGUGUGUGGCCUGAAGAGCUGUGUGGCAGCAAGGUUUGCAGAUGGCAGCUUAGCGUCCUUGGACCUACCCAAAGAGGCGACGUGCGAGAGGAUUGUGUGCACACAGCAGGGCUCGGAGUGUGAUAUCUGGGACGGACAGCCCAUUUGUAAGUGCAAGGACAGGUGUGAGAAGGAGCCCAAUUUCACCUGCGCCUCCGAUGGCCUGACCUACUACAAUAAAUGUUACAUGGAUGCCGAGGCGUGCAUCAGGGGCAUCAGCCUGACAGUGGUGACUUGUCGGUAUCACAUCACUUGGCCCAACACCAGCCCCCAGCCUUUAGAAACCACUGUGAACCCAACAUCAACCACCUCCUUGGAAGACUCCAUCCCUCCAGCUCUCUACACCAACCCCUUCCACCAGUCCGUCUACAUUGGAGGCACAGUGAGCUUUCACUGUGACGUCAGUGGGCGUCCAAGGCCAGACAUCACCUGGGAGAAACAGAGUGACUACCUGGAAAAUAUCAUCAUGAGACCCGAUCAAAUGUAUGCCAAUGUGGUGGUCACCAAUAUCGGCCAGCUAGUUAUUUACAACACCCAGCAGGAAGAUGCAGGCAUCUACACAUGCACUGCAAGGAAUGCUGCUGGCCUCCUGAGAGCAGACUUCCCAUUGUCAGUCAUCAGACGGGAACAUUCUGGGGAGAGCACUGCCAGGAAAACCCAGCCUUUACCAUCUGGAGAGUGCUUCAAAGAUCCAGACAAGGGGGAAUGUGGUCGUCAAUACGUCAGAUGGUUCUAUGACCAUAAGAUGGGCAGGUGCUCCACAUUCAUGUUUGGAGGCUGUGAGGGCAGCAAGAACCAGUUUGAAACCUACGAAGAGUGCCGAUUGGCUUGUAUCAAUGAGUCAGUCAAUAUCUGCACCUUUCCUGCUGUGCAGGGUCCUUGCAAGAUGUGGGAGGCUCGGUGGGCCUACAAUUCGCUGAUGAAGCAGUGCCACGCUUUCGUCUAUGGUGGCUGUGAGGGCAACAAGAAUAAUUUUGAGAGCAAGGAAGUGUGUGAGGAGACCUGCCCUUUCCCGAAAAGCCAGCAGUGCAAAGUGUGCAGACCCCGUCACAAGAUAGUUCCCAGCUUCUGCAAAAGUGACUACGCCAUUGUGGGAAGGGUGACAGAGAUUGUCGAGGAACAGGACUCUGGAGUUGCCAGGUUUACACUGGACGAGGUGCUGAAGGAUGAGAAAAUGGGGCUUAAGUUUUUUGACUUCAAACAUUUGGAGGUGAUAAUGAUCAACAUGGACUGGAACUGCCCUUGUCCAAACUUUAACCUGACAGAUGGACCGCUCCUUAUAAUGGGUGAUGUCUAUGAUGGAAUGGCUGUGCUGGAUGCUGAGAGCUAUGUGCGGACUGUAACUGACAAACGCAUUAAAAAGAUGUACGAAAUCAUUGAGAAAAAGACCUGCGAACUCUUACACCGCUUUCAGGAUUAA